CGAGACUGCGUCCAUCGAGUUAAGAGGCUGCCAGCUAGAGCAGCCCUUCCGGCGGGCGCCGCGGCAGCAGUUUCCAUGGGGACUGACUGGCGAUGGCACCGCGAGGCCGCCGGCUGUCGUCCAUCUCCCUGGAGGUCCUGAUCUUUCUCAAUGGUUGGUACAGCGCCACCUACUUCCUGUUGGAGCUUUUUGUGUUUAUGUACAAAGGGCUCCUGUUGCCGUACCCCACAGCCAACCUGGUCCUCGAUGUGGUCAUGCUCUUCCUUUACCUGGGCAUCGAAAUCAUCAGGCUCUUUUUUGCUACAAAAGGGAACCUCUGUCAAAGGAUGAUGCCCCUUGGGAUCAGCUUGGCCAUGACCUUUCCAUCCGCCAUGAUGGCUUUCUAUUACUUCUUGGUGCAGACCUAUGUCCUGCGCCUCGAAGCCGUGAUGAGUGCCAUCCUGCUCAUUUUCUGCGGCUUGGAGCUGGUGCUGGAGGUGUUCACCCUCGCCACCUUCAACAGCAUGGACGCAUAUUGAAGGACGAGGCCUGUUGAGGCCGGCGACAGGCCCCCUGGCGCCCCAGAGGCGCGGGCUCUCAGGGAGGCUGGCGGCGUCUCCUCCCGGAUGGCGAAGGGCACACGGCCCUCUCCCAGGCCCUCGAACCCCGUCCUUGCUCGGCACUCCCAGAGCGCUGGGUCCGAGUCGUCUGCGUCUCCUAGGCUCCUGGCUUGCGUUAGGCCCCACGUGCCCUUUGUGUGUGUCUAUAUGUGUGUGUCUAUAUAUGUGUGUGAUCCGUCCCCCCAGAAGCCCCAGGGCCUGCCUUUCACAAGGAUGUUUUCUUCCACUAACUCCAAACCAAGCUCUCAUUCCAUUCAUUCCCUUCCGAAGGGACCAGGCAGCAACACUCAGCAGCUCGGAGCGGUCUUUUCUUACGCUGUGUCUUGGGACAAACACACUAUUUUACAAUAAAUAUUUAUUUUCUGUU